CCCGGCCGGGUUUAGUUGGUUUCGGAGAGGAGGAGGUGGAGGAGGGAGUCGCGAACGCCGAGACAAAGCCGCGUCGCGUCCCGGGGACCGGCGCGGGGAGUGGGCCCGAGGCUCGGUGGCGUCCGGGUCGGCUGAAGGGAUUCGCGCGCCGCUGCCUUGCAACAGGUCGGCCGCCGGGUGCGCGGCCUCGUCCUCGCUCGGCUUCCCCGGGCCCGCGACCCCCGGGCCACUUGUGCUCGGCCAGGCCGCGGCCAGACCCCCGCUUCCAUGCGGUUCGGGUCCAAAAUGAUGCCGAUGUUCCUGACAGUGUACCUCAGCAACAGUGAGCAGCACUUCACAGAAGUUCCUGUUACCCCAGAGACCGUCUGCAGAGAUGUGGUGGAUCUGUGUAAAGAGCCUGGCGAGAGCGACUGCCAUUUGGCUGAAGUGUGGUGUGGCUCUGAACGUCCAGUUGCUGAUAAUGAACGAAUGUUUGAUGUUCUUCAACGAUUUGGAAGUCAAAGGAAUGAAGUCCGUUUCUUUCUUCGUCAUGAACGCCCCCCUAGCAGGGAUAUUGUGAGUGGACCAAGACCCCAAGAUCCAAGUGUAAAAAGAAAUGGUGUAAAAAUUCCUGGUGAGCAUCGGAGAAAGGAGAAUGGAGUUAAUAGUCCUCGGAUGGACCUGACACUUGCUGAACUUCAGGAAAUGGCAUCUCGCCAGCAGCAGCAGAUUGAGGCCCAGCAACAAAUGCUGGCUACUAAGGAGCAACGCUUAAAGUUUUUAAAACAGCAAGAUCAGCGUCAGCAGCAACAAGCUGCCGAGCAGGAGAAACUUAAGAGGCUCAAAGAGAUCGCAGAGAGUCAGGAAGCCAAGCUUAAGAAAGUGAGAGCAUUGAAGGGCCAUGUGGAGCAGAAGAGGCUGAGCAACGGGAAGCUGGUGGAGGAAAUUGAACAGAUGAAUAGCUUGUUCCAGCAGAAACAGAGGGAGCUAGUUCUGGCUGUGUCAAAAGUGGAGGAACUUACAAGGCAGCUGGAGAUGCUUAAGAACGGCAGGAUCGAUGGCCACCAUGACAACCAGUCAGCCGUGGCUGAGCUUGACCGCCUCUACAAGGAACUGCAGUUAAGAAACAAACUGAACCAAGAGCAGAAUGCCAAGCUGCAACAACAGAGGGAGUGUUUGAACAAGCGCAAUUCAGAAGUGGCAGUCAUGGAUAAGCGAGUUAAUGAGCUCAGGGACCGGCUCUGGAAGAAGAAGGCCGCGCUGCAGCAGAAAGAGAAUCUCCCGGUUUCACCUGAUGGAAAUCUUCCCCAACAAGCAGUGUCAGCAGCCCCUAGUCGUGUGGCCGCUGUAGGCCCAUACAUCCAGUCAUCUACUAUGCCACGGAUGCCCUCCAGACCCGAGCUGCUGGUGAAGCCAGCCCUGCCCGAUGGGUCUUUGCUCAUGCAGUCAGCAGAGGGGCCAAUGAAGAUACAGACACUGCCCAACAUGAGGUCUGGGGCUGCUUUGCAAAGUAAAGGCUCUAAAACUCACCCGGCUGGCCCUGAUUGGAACCCCUCCAAUGCAGACCUCUUACCCAGCCAAGGCUCUUCUGUUCCCCAGAGCACUGGGAGUGCCCUGGACCAAGUUGAUGAUGGGGAGAUCUCUGUGAGGGAGAAAGAGAAGAAAGUACGCCCCUUUUCCAUGUUUGACACAGUGGACCAGUGUGCUGCCCCGCCCUCCUUUGGCUCGCUGAGGAAAAACCAGAGCAGUGAGGACAUCUUGCGGGAUGCUCAGGCUGCAAAUAAAAAUGUGGCUAAAGUUCCACCUCCUGUUCCUACAAAGCCAAAACAGAUUAAUUUGCCUUACUUUGGACAAACGAGUCAGUCACCUGACAUGAAGCCAGAUGGAAGUCCUCAGCAAUUGCCAAUAGCUGCUCAAUGCAUGGGAGCUAAGCUCAAGCCAGCAGGGCCACAGCCGAGGGUGCUGCUGUCUCCGGGUGCACCUUCAGGUGGCCUAGACCAAGUCCUCUCUCCAGGAUCUAAGCAAGAAAGUCCACCUGCUGCUGCAGUCCGCCCCUUUACACCCCAGCCUUCCAAGGACACCUUCCCUCCAGCCUUCCGAAAACCCCAGACUGUGGCAGCAAGCUCCAUCUAUUCCAUGUAUACCCAGCAUCAGGCACCAGGAAAAAACUUCCAACAGGCUGUGCAGAGUGCACUGACGAAGACACACCCCAGAGGCCCCCACUUUCCAAGUGUGUAUGGCAAGCCUGUGAUAACUGCUGCUCAGAAUCCACAACAGAACCCAGAGAACAUUUACUCCUGUAACCAGGGCAAGCCUGGCAGUCCAGAGCCUGAGGCAGAGCCUGCUUCUUCAGCUCACGAGAGCCAUGAAAAUGAAAGGAUUCCUCGGCCACUCAGCCCAACGAAAUUACUGCCUUUCUUGUCUAAUCCUUACCGAAACCAGAGCGAUGCUGACUUAGAAGCUCUACGGAAGAAACUGUCUAAUGCACCAAGGCCGUUAAAGAAACGUAGCUCCAUAACAGAACCAGAAGGCCCUAAUGGGCCAAAUAUCCAGAAACUUUUGUAUCAGAGGACCACCAUAGCUGCCAUGGAGACCAUCUCAGUCCCAUCCUACCCAACGAAAUCGCCGAGCUCAGUGACUGUCAACACAGACAGCCCAGUAGAAAUCCCCAACCCAUAUUUACAUGUGGAGCCAGAGAAAGAAGUGGGCUCUUUAGUUCCUGAACCGUUGUCCCCAGAGGAUAUGGGGAGUGCCAGCACAGAGAACAGUGGUGUGCCAGCUCCUUCUCCAGGCCUUGACUAUGUGCCUGAAGGAGUCACAGACAGCAGUCCGGGUCUCCAGAAUAACACAGAAGACACAAACCCAGAGGCCCCCCAUUUACUUGAAGUAUACCUAGAAGAAUACCCACCGUACCCUCCCCCUCCAUAUCCUUCUGGGGAGCCGGAGGGGUCUGAAGAAGACUCUGUACGAAUGCGCCCACCUGAAAUCACCGGGCAGGUGUCUUUGCCUCCUGGCAAAAGGACAAAUUUGCGGAAAACUGGGUCCGAGAGGAUUGCCCAUGGAAUGAGGGUGAAAUUCAACCCUCUUGCUCUGCUCCUGGAUUCAUCUUUGGAGGGAGAAUUUGACCUUGUACAGAGAAUUAUCUAUGAGGUUGAUGACCCAAGUCUACCAAAUGAUGAGGGUAUCACAGCUCUUCAUAAUGCCGUGUGUGCGGGCCACACAGAAAUCGUCAAGUUCCUGGUCCAGUUUGGUGUGAAUGUAAAUGCGGCAGAUAGUGAUGGAUGGACCCCAUUGCACUGUGCCGCCUCCUGUAACAAUGUCCAAGUGUGUAAGUUCUUGGUGGAGUCAGGAGCAGCUGUGUUUGCUAUGACCUACAGUGACAUGCAGACAGCUGCAGACAAGUGUGAGGAGAUGGAGGAAGGCUACACGCAGUGCUCCCAGUUUCUCUAUGGAGUCCAGGAGAAAAUGGGCAUAAUGAACAAGGGAGUCAUCUAUGCACUGUGGGACUAUGAGCCCCAGAAUGAAGAUGAGCUGCUCAUGAGAGAAGGAGAUUGCAUGACUGUCAUCCACAGGGAAGAUGAGGAUGAAAUCGAGUGGUGGUGGGCACGCCUUAAUGACAAGGAAGGAUAUGUUCCACGCAACUUGCUAGGACUGUACCCAAGAAUUAAACCAAGACAAAGGAGCUUGGCCUGAAACGAGUUACUGAAGAAUUAAUAAGCUAGAAGAAAUACUAUGAUUGUUGUGGGAAAAGUUUCAAAAGACUUACUUUAAUGACAAUGUAGCUUGAAAGCAAUGAAGAAUGUGCCCUGGAAGAAAAUGAAGGAUUGAAGAAGUCAUGUGCAGAGGUCGUGAGCAGUGGGACUUGAGAUGCUGAGUCAGCAGUGCCGUGCUGGGCAGAGUGUUCAUGGCAGCAUAUAGGUAGGCUGCAGUGAGCCUGUUGUUUCCAAGAAACCGGACCAUUUAUUGGGAAAUCAGCUUCUUGUCCUGCUUAGGGUGUUUUGGCACUGUUCCCAUACCAGUCUCGUGCCAGAAAGGACCAGUGUCAUCUGGCACCCUCUCCAACUGUUCCCAGCCCCGGCAGGCCUUGGGAGCCCCCAGUGCUGCACACUUGUGUAUUGUCAGUGAAAAACUGUUAGCUGCUUGUCACGGAGCAAUAACUAUUGUAUGAGUUCCUGGAGCAUUUUAAGAAUUAUGCAUAUAUUUGAAAUACUUAAACCACAUUACACUACCUAAUCUAAGUUAGAUUUAGAAUUGUUUUUAGGUUGAAUUUGAAUCUAUAUUUAUUGUCUUUUUGUAUCUUGAAAAUUAGAGAUUUGUUAUAGACUUAACCAUAUUUGUCAAGAUCAUAGCUGAUUUUAAAAAUGAUUGUAAUAAAAUUAAACUUUAUGUCUCUAAG